AUGGGUUCCUUCCCUUGGUUUCCGGCCUUUCUGCUGUUGCGUCGUUUCUGGACACUCCUAUGCGUUGUUUCCCUGUUGGCGCUGCACUCGUGGGACGCGAGGCAGGCGAUUCCACGACUUUCAGCGUCUGUCGCACUCGCCCUCUCUUUUUCUCGGCCUCCCUCUGCCGUCUCGCCUAGUGCGAACAUCUGGACGGCCCCUGUCCGCGGCUCGCUGUCUCUCUCCCCUUCCUCUCCUCCACUGGCUCACUUUGCUUCGUCGUCGCCGCUGCAUCUUCCUCUAUUUUCUGGCUCUGCUGCGGCCAGUCCCCCCCCCGACGCAGAGUCUCCAGGUGCUCGCACACUUAGACAGUUUGCCCUGCCAUCGCUAAGACAGUUUCGUCGUCUGAAAAACGCGCGACUCUCGGCGAAACAGUCGGUAGCUUGCGAGGCGAAGCGAAUAACGGGCGCGCCUGGGUUUCGUGUUGCAGCAUAUCGUCUCCCCUCUUCUCCUUUGCCUGCUUCUUCUUCGUUUCUUCCGGCACCCUCUGGGGCGUCUGUGCCGUGUGCGUUCUUAUCCUCCGCAUGCCUCGCAGUCUCCGCGGGCCUAGACAGGGCACCGGUCAAGGAGGCGUUUAGACCGGCAGCAGCCCGACACCACAGGAGAGUGUUUUCUCUCGACUCGAAGGUGUUUUCUCGUCCUGCCUUUUCUGAUCCCGCAUCGCUUCGCACUGCCGGCCUUGCUGCGUCCUUCUCCUCGCCUUCUGUGUCGUCGUCUCUCGCGUAUUCGGCGCCACUGACUACACUGCGUGUGCAUUCUUCCGCUGAUGCCGCGACGCCGUCUCGCAUGCUUCCCCGCGCGUCUUAUUCUGGCUGUUCUUCGAGCUCGCUCCACGCCGAAGGAGAGAUCGCGACGGCCGCUGAGCGCGAAGCGCCUUAUCCUUCUUUUCUCGUGCCUUCUCCUCACCCGCCCCCUCCCGCGGGCUGUCAAACGUGGCAGAAGACGGGGGGAUACGACGAGGAGGACGAACUUAUCCGCCGGAAGGCAGAGGCCUGGCGCGUGGACAGGAGCGCCGCCGAACUCGAUCCCGAAGACCUGGAAAAGAAGAUUGCAGAAGAAAAAAAAGAGCUGCAGCAGAGGUGGCGAGCGAGACUCGACGUUGAGCACAGACGAAAUCAAGACUAUUUCGAGCAACAGAGAGAGCAACAGCGCGAACUGCUAAACUCUCUCCCUGCGCCUCCCUGGGUUCACGUCUUCCGGCCUGUUUACAUGGAAGAGUCGCCACCGCUUAAGUACGAUUUCCGCGUCUACCAGCCGUUCUUCCAGAGUCUCAUCGAGGCUUCUAAGCCAUUCAUCCAGACGAAGCUUAUUCCCCCCUCCGCGAUCCAGCGUUUCCUCGAACGGCGGCAUUUCCCCGAUAGCGCCUUGUCUUCAGGGUUUCGUUUCAAACAGAUCCAGCCCCUAUUUGCACAUAACGCAGGCUGCAGUGCCUUCUUUUACUUUCACACGUGUUUUUCUGCGCUGGCGCCCGCCUUUCUCAACGCUCUCCGCCGCACAAGCAUCUCUCGACUCGAAGCGCUCGCCAUCACCGCCGUGAAGAUCGAAGGCGCCAAGCACGAGUUCUACUCCCUGCCUGGCAUCCGGGAGGACAUCGUAGACGACAUCUUCAAUAACCUCGGAAAAAUCAUUCUCAGGGAAAAGAAGGUCGUGUAUGUGCGCCGGAAGGAAAUAUACGCUUGGCUAGAAAGCCGCGCGCGAGAAAACGCGGGAGCCAAGGCCCUCGAGGGACACGUAGGCGAGCCGGGGGCGGCAGAGCCCGCCGCCGCGCCCUCUGGGGCCGCCAACCCACCUGAGGGUAGGGAGGAGGGUCACACGACGGUCGGCGCGCGCGGCGAGCCCGCAGAAUUCGAAGACUCUUCAGACGCCCCCUCCGGAGGCCAGGCCGGAGUGGGAAAGGCUGAGGACACGUCGUCUCUGUGGAAGCUGUUGCCGCCAGGCACGACGCUCGUCGCCCGGCAGCCGGAGGCGCGCGAAGAAGGCUGGGCGUCUUGGAUGGCGUCUGCGCCUGCCGACUCGGAGGAGGACUCGAUCUAUUACCGGAUUCCUUUGGAGCUUCCGGCGGCGAACUUCACGCAGCCGCUGCGCGCCAAGCUGCGCGUACGCGGGCCGCUGGUGGCGGUCGCUGGUCACAUUCAGCUUCCGGAAGGCGUCGAGGUGGUGAACAAGAAUCAGUAUCUGUUCACUGUGAACUCGGGGUACUACGUGAACAUGGACUUCAAGAUUGAGCGGAUUCGCGAGUACGUGAUGCCGGAGUUCGGCUACGACUCGCUGGAGCGCGACCGCGACGAGGAGGGCUUCAUGUACUUCACCAACUACGUGGCACCCGUCCCGGUGUUCGCCUACGCCGCCGAGCGGCGCGGAGAGGCUGUCCACACCAAGUGGGACAGCGUCGACGAGACGGCGCCGCCCGGCGCAGAGGCCGCGCCCGACGAACACCCCCACGCGGAAGACUCAUCAGACGCGCUCCUGACGCAGGUGCAAGACGUGCUUCGCCAAGCCACUGCCGAUGCACCCCCCGUCGUCAAGUCUUCGCUCUCUUCUCUCCUUGGCGACCAGCGCGAGCCGCGAGACAAAGAAGCCGGCGCAGAAGGAUACCCUGAGGGCAACAGCGAGGUGAAGCUGGAGGGCGACGCAGAGGGAGCGGAGCCGCGUGAAGAGCCCAGGCGCAACGGCAGGAGCCCAGAGCGAGCCGGCGCAGCGGAGACCGGGGCAGGGCGGGAGGGGACACCUGGCGACGAAGGGCAGCCGAACACCCGCAGCCGCUUUCCCGCGCUGUCGUCUGCCUGUUCCCGAAAAGAGGGAGACCGCUACAACGCCUACCGGUUUCUCGAGCCGACGGAGGAGCUCCGAAACGCGUAUCGUCGGGACUACCUCGACAACGAUCUGCCUUACCAAAACCUGGGCGAAGUCGUGACUUUAGAAGUACAAACCGAUGGCAGCUUGACGCCCAGAGAAGCGCUGCUGCGCUGCUGCGACGACCUGAUCAAACAAGUCCUCGACAUUCAGGACGCGCUGAACCACAACUGCCACGUCGGCGUCGACGGCACAGAGGAGGAGGAAUACGACGACCCUGACUGGUACCAAGACGCCCACAGGUACGUCGGCGUGCCGUGGAACCCGUACAAGAAGCCUACGGCGCGCGCGGAGAAGCGUCAAGACUUCUUUUUCAAGGCAGACGUUCUGCGCCAGUACAACAUUCUUCGUGAAAAGAUGGAUGCGCGGCGCGAAGCGUUUGCCUCCUCCGCUUCCUCGGCGGCGGGGGAGGCAGCCGUGGAAGGCCGUCCGCGCGUUUGGCCAUUGCCCGGACGAGGCAUGGCGAGCGACGUGUUCGUUGCCUCUUCGCGCGAGGACGCAGACCUGGUGCAGAAGGGAGACAUUCUCAGAGAGAAGGAGGCACUUGCCACGCGAAUGCUCGCCGCAGAGCGGUCGCGACUGCAGCAGGACUCGCCCGCGGGUCUCGGGCCCCGCGCCGGCGCGACCUACGGCCUCUCUGAGAGAGAGCUGGAGGAGCGCCUGCUUGACGAAGAAGAGGAGGAAGAAAGAACUGUGAACACCAGUCUGAUCAUCCGCAAAGAGCGAGAAGAAGCAUGGCAAGACAAGCAGCGAACGUACAGAGACCUCGCGGAAAAUGAACCUCUGAAACAGCUCGGCGACGGCAAGGGCUUAGUCAAGUACCCGCCGGACACCAAGCCAAUGAUGGAGGCCCCCAGCUGGGUCAUGGAGGACCCUAUGGGACAGAGAAUGCCCAUUGGAUUCAGCGAGUUCAACGACGACUAG